CAGUAUAGGUGCUAGUUUAGCAAGCACCGGUAUGUUAGCAGUUCGCGAUUGAGGUUGUACGCGAUACAGUUUAAGCAGUACAUUUGACAGAUACUGAUUCAUAUUUUUCGAAAGAUCAUUUUAAAUUUCUUCAAAACUAUUUAAUACGUAUGUAACGUGAAAUUAAUCAAUAGUAAGCAAAAAAUAUCAUUUUAUUCUCCUAUCAUCCAAGAACUGGUGGUCAAAAUGGCGGAAAAGAAUGACUCGCCGGGUUCCACUUCAACUUCUACAGGGCACGAAAGUCAACAACUACUUUCAGGUUUCAUAGCUGAAAUCGUAAAGAGUCCAAUAAAUCUCCUUUUAGUAGGCGUGAUCGCCUUUUUGGUUUACAAAAUAGUUAAAAGCAAGACGAAGGUCGAAGAGCCCGUAAAAGAGAUAAAGAAACUGCCAAAAAUACGACGUGAUUUUACACUCGAAGAGUUGAAGAAAUAUAAUGGUACGGGACCAGAUGGACGAAUAUUAAUUGCUAUAAAUGGUAGUGUUUACGAUUGUACUCGUGGUGCCCACUUUUAUGGUCCUGGUGCUCCAUAUGAAGUAUUUGGUGGGAAAGAUAUUAGCAGAGCCUUAGCAAAAUUUUCAUUGGAAACAUCGCAGGAAUAUGAUGACCUAAGCGAUUUGAAAACUGCAGAAAUGGAGUCUAUAAACGAGUGGAAUGAACAAUUUAAAGAAAAAUAUGAUUAUGUGGGAAAAUUGUUGAAACCUGGUGAAGCACCUACAAAUUAUUCAGAUGAGGAAGAUGAAGGUAGUCAACUAGAGAAUGAAGCAAAAUCCAAAAAUGAUUGACUGCUUGAUUGUACAUCAAAUGCCAAACAGUCUCAAAAGGAUAUUGCGCACACUCCAUUAAAGAAAUUCUUAAAAUCGUGACUCAUGAAUAUAUUUAUGGACAUUUAUCUGGAUAUUUUACUACUUCAUAAUGAUAUUAAAAUAAAAACUAAAAUGGUAUCUUUUGACCGAGUUGAAAACAUAUAAUUGUUCAAAACUGAUGUUAUGUGUGAAGAUUCUUUUUUAGUAUCCAAUUUUUCAAUCAAUAAGGAUACUUCAAUAGUAUAAUGUUUUUAUAUGUGUACAAAAAAUUUCUUACACAUCCUUAAAACUGGCACUAGACAUAAGACAGAAAUCUUUUGUGCUAUAUUCCAUUAAAUAUCUUUGUUUAUAUUAUCAUUCACGUUUGCCACAUAGCAUUUGGUACAUAUAAUAUAUGUAUUUGGUAUCUGUAAACUUUAAUAAAACGAUGUUAUAUUUGACAUGCAUUUGAGAUUUAAUAUUAAGUUGAUGCAAUAUAUUGCAUAGAUAUGAGAAUAGAAAAUAUUUUCUUAACAUAAAAACAUUAUGCUCUUUCUAAAAACAAAAUGAUACCAUCUUGAAGUACAGAAUAAUUUCAGUCAUUCAUAGCUAAAUAUAUUCUGCAAAGAAUAAAUUGUAACUUAAAUAUCAAAAUCUCAAGUCCAAACAUUUUUGUAUAAAAGACAGCAGCAUUAAGAAUCUAUUUGGGAGUUUGUAAAAAGUGAUACACGUUUACUAGUCUUUUUUAUAUGAAAAAAAUGAGAGUACGUGUGAAUCUUAUUAUAAAUUCUAAUACAUUAUGUAAAUUGUUAUUGUUUGGAAAUUGGGAUUCCUUAAAAGUUGUUAGCAUUUACGAUACUGUUCAUAUAGUGAAAAAUUGUUUAUUAUUGUGGAAUUAUUUAUCAACUAUAUUUUUUCUCCUUUUUUUUAUAAAUCUCCUUCAUUCAUGCACCAAUCUUAAGAGAAAAUAAUCUCACAUCCAUGAUAAUAUGUACAUGUAUUAAGUACUUUAUAUGCAUUUUCUCAAUUAUUUGUGCAAUUAAUUUUAAUAGGACUGAUACCAUUUCUGUAAUAAAUAAAUAUAAAUAUAUAUAUAUAUUAAUUGAAGUAAAUUAUAAACUUGAAUUUUCAAUCUGUGCUGUUAUAGGAAAGAACAUUUAUUGAUUGUAUAAUAAAAACGUUGUUAAUAUAAGCAAUUACAUAUAAUUUAAUGAAAUUUGUUUUGUUUAUAUGUACGAAGAAGACUACAUCAAGUUUCCAUUAACCUACGAUUUAUUGUAAAAAAAGGAGAGGCAUUUUAUUAUGAUUUAUAUAAACAUUUGUGUAUAAUUUUUUAAAAAGGAACAUACGAAUGAUACUCUAUUAUACAUAUGUAUAUGCUGCAGUGUUUUCAGUGUAAAUAAGACAAUUCUGUAUCAUUCCUACAAAGCAGAAAUAUUUAUGAAGAUUUUAUAAUUGUAUUGUAUCGCAAAUACUUCGUAUUUAUAAGCAACCUUGAUUUAUAUCUCGAAAAGCAAUAUUAUUGGAAAAACUAUAUUUUUGAUUGUACUUUCCGUAAUGAUCAUAUUCACACAAUCUUUGAUACAGUCAUCAUGUAAUAAGAGACUGAGUUUUGUGUGAAAUUUAUAAAAGCAAUGCGUAUUAUAUAUACUUAUUCCAAUUUGUACAAAAACAAAUUUGCUCAGAUUAAAAAUUUAAUCAAGUACUUGACCAAAUUAAACAUACUUUACUUUAUAUCAACAUAUAUUAUUCUCUUAUAUAUUAUAUAUGUGAUUUUAUUCUUAAUAUAGUUUCAAUAUAAUUUAUUAGAAAAGUUAUUUCAUAUCUAUACAUGUUGUUGUACUUUUUCUGUUAAAUGGAAUGUAUGUUUGUAUGUUAAUUAUUCCAAUAAUUAUUAUACCGACCAGUUAGAAUUUUAUGUAACAUUAUUUAUAGAGAAUGUUAUGAAUCAAUAUUAAAAUGUACUUUCUGUUAUUAUUAAAAAAGGAGUGGAUAGCUUGUAAGGUGCAGACUUAAGUACUCUAUUACAUAUGAUACAGGUCAUAUCAAUUCUUGUUUAUAUUAAAAGAAGUAAUUUCUUUCAAACAAGUUCCUUAUUUUGACUUUGUACCGCCCAUUUGCGUGAUUUAGUUACUUCGUCUUUCCACUUAAUUGCCAACCCAAUAGUUCCAUUGUGAGUGAGGAAUGCGUAGGAAAGUGAAACGCGUAACGAUUUCAAUUUUAUAUAUGUUAUUGAAAGUUGUUUUUAUUACAAUAAAAGUCCAAUUUUGUUUUAUUAA